AUGUCUACCUCGAAUACAACGUCUACUGUCUCCUCGGCGCCUAUUGUCUCCUCCUCCGUCUCGGUUGUCUCUUCUUCUUUAACGACUCAAUCUUCCGUCUCCUCGGUGCCAAUAAUCUCUUCUUCCUCUAUCGCAGUUAGCUCUUCUCCACCCUCUUCAAUCUCAACUAUCUCCUCCUCUUCGAUCUCAACCAUCUCUUCCUCAACCUCUUCAAUCUCAACUCCCUCACCAUCAUCCUCAUUCUCAUCCUCACAACCAUCAAUCUCCUCCUCCUCAAAAAUCCCCACCCCUCCAUCCCAUCACACCGCCUCCCAAACCCUCUCCCCAUCCCACAUAUCCGCCGAGCCAUCAUCUCUCCUCCAAAUCGCGACUCCGAUUGCUAUUCCUCCACCUAUCCGUCCAUCUCUAUCUCUCCUCACCCAACUCCAAGAAGCCCUCGACUUCACCUCCACCCUCCUAGGUCUCUUUUUCGUAUCCCUCCUCACCCUCCUCCUCAUCUACUGGAGCACCCUGUACAUCCUACGCAAAACCGUCGAUAUCAACCCGCGCGAUACAUCACCCAUCGCUCAAUCAAAAGCCAAAAACCAAACCAAACUCCACCCCUCCAAUAAUCUACCCAGCUCCCCCCAAAAGAAAGAAGUAGGAUUUGCCCCCCACCCCUCCGACCCCGAAUUCGUUCUCUCCGGAAAAACCGCCCGAGAAACAAAACGUCGUCUCUCUUCCAUCCCGCAAUCACCCACUUCCCCAACCUCCACCUCCCCUCCAUCCCGCACUCCCCCCCCCUCCUCCUCCUCCUCCUCUCCAUACACGCUCUUCCCCACUCAGCCCUGGCCCACCGACGGCGUACAACUCGCCGGUCUCGGAUCCGUCCCUGAAUCCAAAAAAGAUAAGAUAGAGCAAAUAGCGCAAGCUACAGAAGUUUCGGAACUAAGCGAGGCAGCGGGUCGAACAAAGGAAGAUGUGGUGACGGAGGCGGAUUUGGAGUUUCAGAGGGGGGUGCGGGAUGUGAGCGGGGACACGAAUGCGAUUGAGAGGAGGGGAGGGCGGAGUUAUGGGGCAUUGUAG